CUUAAUGAAAAAUGGUUUGUCAACCUGUCAUCCACAGUCAUACCUGAGAAUAUUCAAGGCUUGUUACAGCUAGGAGAAAAUUUUAGCCUUCCCGGGGUGAAUAAAGAAAAAGUCACUAUAGAAUUCAUUAAAAAUAUUGAAAAUAAUGUAAAAAAAUUUCCCGUUAGAACACACGCCACACUCAGAAACCGGUUUUCAAAUGUAGUAAACAGCCUCCAGAAUUACACUAUACAAAAAAGCGCACAUAACAAUAUGAUGAAAAAUCUGUCCAUUGUCACUAAGAAUUUUUUAGAAGACAAUCCCAACUUGUUGCUAACAAGGGCGGAUAAAGGAAACGUAACGGUAGCACUCGAUAGGGAUAAAUACAUAACCAAGAUGGAGGAAUUACUGGGUGAUAAAGAAACAUACAAGGUAGUUACUAAAGAUCCCACUAGAAAAUUAACAACGCGAGCUCGGGAACUUUUAACGAGAUGGAAGAAAUCAGAUUUCAUAUCAGAGUCUCUUUAUAGAUUUCUGUACUGUAGUGAUGGGACAUUACCGAGAGCAUACGGACUACCCAAGAUACAUAAAAAGAAUUGUCCUUUCAGAAUAAUUGUUUCGUCAAUAGAUAGUCCUUUAUACAAUUUAGCUUCAUUUCUCCACAAGAUUAUGUAUAGUAGCUUCCCAAAAGGAAAGAGUCACAUUGCGAACAGUGUAGAAUUAGUUAAAAAACUUUCCAACGUUCAUAUCAUGGAGGAUCACACACUUGUAUCACUUGAUGUGGUUUCCCUUUUUACUAAUGUUCCUAUCGAAAGGGUUAUCGACAGUAUUUCAUCGAGAUGGAAAUACAUUGCCGACAAUUGCAAGAUCCCGGAAUCGGAGUUUCUUCUGGCUGUCAGAAUGGUAUUAGAAUCAACCUUUUUUAUGUUUAAUGGCGUAAUAUACCAACAGACUUUCGGAUCACCCAUGGGCUCCCCGUUGUCUCCCAUAGGGGCGGACAUAGUGAUGCAGGAUCUUGAGGAAAGGGCACUUGAGUUGUUGAGUUUCACUCCACCUUUCUAUGAGAGAUAUGUGGAUGAUAUUGCAAUGGCAAUACCUUCUACUGAAUGCACUCACACUUUAGAGGUAUUCAAUUCUUUUCACCCGAGAUUGCAAUUUACCAUGGAGGUGGGUGUGGAUGGCAGGUUGAAUUUUUUAGAGAUAACGAUGAUCCGGACUGAAAAUCGUUUGCAAUUCGAUUGGUUCCACAAAUCUACCUUCUCCGGGAGAUAUCUAAAUUUUUUGUCCCAGCAUCCCCAUUGCCAGAAGAAAGGAACAGUCAUUUGUUUAAUAGAUCGAGUAUUCAAGCUGUCGCAUCCUAAAUUUCACGAAAAAAACCUUAAAUUAGUGAUUCAUAUUUUGUUACAAAAUUGCUACCCGUUAGAAUUUAUUUUUAAGGUAAUGCAGGAACGAUUAAAAUUUCUUUUUUCCAAUAGCUGCAAUAAUGACGACGAGAACUCGAUAGAUAGGGUUCCUUAUUUCACGAUACCCUAUGUCCCUCAGUUGACUGAAAAAUAUAAGAAUUUAACUAAAGAUCUAAAUGUAAAACUCUCGUACUUCAGUUUAAAUAAACUGAAUAGAUAUAUCAGGGUACACAAAGAUACUCUCCCGAGUACAUCACAUAGGAAAGUUGUGUAUAAGAUUGACUGUGGGGAUUGUGAGGCAUCUUAUGUUGGUCAGACGGGGAGACAAUUACUAACGAGGAUCAAGGAACAUGAUUCGCAUAUUAGAAGGAAUUGUACGGGACAUUCAGUCAUAACGGAUCACAGAUUAGAACAUAAACAUGAGUUUAAGUGGAAUGAUGUUAAAAUAUUAGACCAAGAACCGUCGCUAAGCAAACGCUUGAUUUCCGAAAUGAUUUAUAUCAAAAGACAAAAAGAUGGCCUUAAUUUGCAGACGGAUACGGAAAAUUUACCGGAAACAUAUGUUAAUGUUAUCGAAGGACUUGCGAAGAUUUGACAUUACACUGUUGGUAUUUGUAAAGUGACGUAAAUGUUAUUGUAGGGACUUGCGAGAAUUUGACAUUAUAUUAUUGGUAUUUGUAACUUGACCUCUCACCGUAUGUAUAGUUGAUAACAUUGUCGAAUCGUGCGUGUCACUGUCAGUUGAAACGGCUUGUAAGACACAUCCACUUCACCGCUCAUCAUAAAACAAUAAGUUUUAUAACCGACUGACGAGCAUUGCGACUUGACUUUAUUGUUGACUUUAAAUCUGUAUCGCUACACAAUGACAAACGACAUUCUGCAGUUCAAAUUUUCUGGCACUUCAACCAGGAAAUUACACGACGAUGCUUUGGAACGUGUCGGAGUGCACAUCCGCCCUAAUUAUCGUUUGACUUGAUGUUUGCGGCGUUAAGGUUGUUUCUUACCAUACUUAUGUAAAAUUUUGUUAAUCAUUGCGCUGAGGAGGACCCCAAAAAAGGGUCGAAACGUUCGUCGUUAUUGUAUUCGAAAUUGAAUUAAAUUUAGCGGUCAAACAUCACGCUGGGCUCUUAUUGCCUUUGUCGAG